GCGGGGUUAUAAAAUGCCGGGUUAAGCGGCGACUCAGACUUAGGAUCCCGCUCACGACAUGGCCUCGGGCGCUCAGCUCCCGCCGCAGCCGUCGAGCUCAGAGGUCAGCGCCGUCCAGAGCCCACGCGGGCGUCCCGGCGCCGGUCUGGAGGAAGCAGCCCCGGGCGUUCCUCUCCCGCCGUCUCCGGGGGAGGCCCCUCUGCCCCCGAGCAACCGGAGCAGGUGCCCUGGGACCCGCCAGCCCGGAGCGGCCUCCCUCCACGCGGCGUCCGCAGCAGUCCCCCUGCGGCCCCGGCGCGGUACGGCGCCGGCCGGGAGAACCGCAGACCCGGUCCCCGCCGCCGCCCCAGAGCAAGCUCCGCGGCGGGCUCCGCGGUCCCGCAAGCCGCGCAACCUGGAAGGCGACCUGGACCAGCGCCGGCUGCUCUGCCACUUGCAGCUGGCCCAGGACCGCGAGGCGCGCCUGUGGCUGGGCGGCAAACCCCAGCAGGAUGAAAUCUGCGACGCCUUCCAGGAAGUCGUGCUGUGGCUCCUGCGGCUUCAGAACACCUUUUACUUCUCCCAGUCCACUUUUAACCUGGCCCUCACCAUCUUCGGCCGCCUCCUGAUUUCAGUGAAGGUAAAAGAGAAAUACCUGCAUUGCGCCACAAUUACUUCCUUGAGGCUUGCUGCAAAAGUUAAUGAAGAAGAGGAGUUUAUUCCACAAGUAAAAGACUUCACAAAGCACUAUGGCUCUGACUAUUCCCCGAAUGAGCUGCUGAGGAUGGAGCUGGCUAUUCUGGACAGACUGCACUGGGACCUCUAUAUUGGGACGCCGCUGGACUUCUUGACUAUAGUGAGUAAGGAGGUGUUUACAGAGUCUACCCUAAACUCGUUUGUGCCUUUGGAACAGCUGUUUACAACAUAG